AUGCGGUUAUCGGGCGCUCGAUCUUACGGUGGUGCCGAUCCAUCCCCUCCUGCAGGUCGAGCUUCAUCAGAGCGAGACGCUUCGAACCAGCGGGCAUCUUGGAAGUGCGACUUCUUCUUGAGGUCCAUUCGUCGCCGUUUCGCCUCGAGCAUCGUAAAGCCGAGUUGGCGUGGUCCAUCGCUUGAUCCAUCCGACGAGCAGCUCGACUCGCGAUCCGAGGUGGAUGCUUUCGAUGGUGGAGGGCUGGGUGACGACGAGAUGAUGAUGACUUCGCGGGCGGUGACGUUCGGGGGUAAGCGUGGUGGUGGUGCAGGGCGAGAGUUGCGUGAGGGUGAUGUUGACGGCGAGAUGGACACGAUAGACGGCGACGAGAAUGUCAGCGAUGUCAGCGACGAGCUGCACGCAGCAGCUGCUGCAGCUAGCGUUCUUGCCCUUGCCUCUCGGCCCCCAACUGACCUUGUUGCCAAUCCGCCUCUUCCGCGUCCUCGGACUCGACCUCGACCCCGACCCCGACCUCGCAAGCCGCUGGCUGCAGUGCGUUCAGUAGACGAGCUCAUGCUCAAAUGCUCAAGAUCGCUUCGGCUGCGCCGCACUCGACCCACUUCCGCAACAGCACAUGGUGGUGGCAAGUCACAAAACUCCCACGCCUCUUCCUUCCUUCCAUCUCGGCUUGACCCCACCAACUUUCCACAUGAUUCAAUGUGA